AAAAUACCAUUUGUGUGUGUUUUUUUUUGUUAUCUCAUUGUAAUUAUUGUCAGAGAACAGUAUUGUGUACUUUUAAAGAAAUAUGAAUUCAAGUGUAAUAAGUAAUUAAAAUGAAUUCUCUAAUAAAUCAUAAUGAAAACGAGCUGUACCAAGUUCUUUUUGAUUCAUCUAAAAAUGAAAAAAGACUUAAUGAAGAAUUUAAAAUUCUUCAGAGGAAAUUGAAAGCUAAAUGGAAGUUUUCUGAAUUUAAUGAUGUAUUAUCGGAAGAAUUAUUAGCAACAGCAGAGCUACUAGUUCUUGCUGAACCUCGAAGUAAAUUCACAGAAUUAGAAUUGAAUUCAAUCAGAGGUUUUAUCAACAGUGGUAAAAAUGUUUUAGUAAUGCUAGGAGAAGGUGGUGAAAAUAAACUCAAUACGAAUAUUAAUUUUCUUCUUGAAGAGUUUGGCAUAAUGAUCAAUAAUGAUAGUGUUAUUAGAAUGAGUUACAGCAGGAACUUGCAUCCUAAAGAAUGUACCAUUUCUCAUGGUCUUUCAAACAAAUCUGGCUUCGUUAAUAACCAUAAUGAUUCAGCGAAUUUACGUUUUCUUUAUCCAUAUGGAGCAACUCUGAAUGUUGUCCAGCCAUCAAUCGUUGCAUUAUCUAGUGGUUCGAUGGCAGUUCCCACUAAUCGUCCAAUCUGUGCAUAUUAUUUUUCAUCAACAAGUACGGGAAAAUUAGUAGUUCUUGGUUCAUCAAAAUUACUUACUGAUGCGUAUAUUGAAAAAGAAAAAAACGAUACAUUAAGAGAAAUGAUAUUUGAAUUUUUUGAGUCUAAAGAAUGGAAAGGCAAAGAUAUAUAUAUUGAUGAUGUUGAUAAUUUGGAGUACACUUUUGUACCAGAUAUAGUACAGCAAGCUGACAAUCCAAAAGUUUGUACACAAGAUAUCGAUAGCCACGAUAUUCCACGAGAGUACACGAAAUUUUUUAAACACGAAUUUUAUUCUAUUAAUUUGUCAAUGAUACCUGACUGUUUAAAAGCUUAUCAAGAUUUAGGAAUUAAACAUGAACCUUUGACAUUAAUUACUCCUCAUUUUGAAACACCAUUACCUCCUACUCAAGCUUCCGUAUUUCCCCCUAGUUUUCAAGAACUUCCGCCACCUGCUUUAGAACUUUUCGAUCUUGAUGAAGCUUUUAGUUCUGAUAUUUUAAAACUAUCACAAUUAACGAACAAGUAUUUAUCAUCGAAAGAUCCACACAAUGAAAUGGAGCUCAGUUGUUACAUUCAAGAAUUUGGCGAGAUUAUUAGGAUCAAUCCAUCUGAAGCAUCUUCUGCAAAAGAAAUAUUAAAAUGCAUUGUCCUAAAAAUCAAUAAUUUUAGAACAAUGAGUCCUCAUGAAGAAAAAAACAUUGAAACAAUAGAACCAAAUGACAACGAUAAUAAAGGAAAUGAUGAAAAAGUUGAUGAGCCGGCUGAUAAUCAAAAUGUCAAACGAAAUGAUAAUGAAUUCGAUGAACAUGAGAUUGAUGAACAAAGUGAUAGUCAUAUGUCAAGUAUAUGAAUUGUUAUAGUAUU